UCUACUGUUCUUCUCUAUUGGCUUUGUCAUGGAGCCACAGGCAACUCCUCGUUCACAAGCAAGCCUUCUGCUUCAAAAACAGCUCAAAGAUCUUUGCAGGAAUCCGAUAGAAGGAUUCUCAGCGGGUUUGGUGGAUGAGAGCAAUAUGUUUGAAUGGAGUGUUACCGUCAUGGGGCCUCCUGGUUCACUCUACGAUGAAGGCUAUUUUAAUGCCAUUAUAAGCUUUCCAAAGGAUUACCCCGUCAGCCCUCCAGCAGUGAAAUUUACAUCGGAGAUAUGGCAUCCAAACGUAUAUCCUGAUGGAAAAGUUUGCAUGUCGAUUCUUCAUCCGCCCGGUGAUGAUCCAUAUGGCUAUGAGCAUGCAACUGAGCGCUGGAACCCCCUUCAUACCGUUGAAAGCAUAGUCCUGAGCAUCAUAUCGAUGCUUUCUAGCCCGAACGACGAGUCUCCUGCGAAUGUGGAUGCUGCAAAGGAGUGGAGAGACCAGAGAGACCAAUUCAAGAAGAGAGUGAAGCGUUGUGUUAGGAUGACUCAGGAGAUGUUGUGAAAUUAUGCGUGCAGUUUAAGAUAUUACAAAUGAUUAGGCACAUACAUUGAGGUUUCUUUUGCUAUCUUGAUAAUUAAAAAGCACUACUUUGUUUUGUUUUUCUUCUAUAUGA